GCCGACCCAAGGAAGUACUGAAGAUAAAAGCCCAAUAUCUAGGGCUUGUAUAAGUACGGAGAUGCUACAAUCUCAGGGCUAGGGUUUUGGAAGAGCAACUAACUCGGGAACAACAAAGCUUGAAGAAGGAACUCUUCUCCGCCACCAGCCAUGGGUCGUAUGCACAGUCGCGGUAAGGGUAUUUCUGCCUCGGCUCUUCCAUACAAGAGAAGUUCACCAAGUUGGCUCAAGAUCUCCUCCCAAGAUGUUGAGGAUAACAUUUGCAAGUUUGCAAAGAAGGGUCUUACACCAUCUCAGAUCGGUGUGAUUCUUCGUGAUUCUCACGGUAUUGCUCAGGUUAAGAGUGUUACUGGAAGCAAGAUUUUGCGUGUUCUUAAGGCCCACGGUCUUGCCCCUGAAAUUCCUGAGGAUCUGUAUCAUCUUAUUAAGAAGGCAGUUUCUAUUAGGAAGCAUCUUGAGAGGAACAGGAAGGACAAGGAUUCUAAGUUCCGUUUGAUUUUGGUUGAGAGCAGAAUUCACAGACUUGCACGUUACUACAAGAAGACCAAGAAGCUUCCACCAGUGUGGAAAUACGAGUCAACAACCGCCAGCACCCUUGUUGCUUAAGUUCGCCACAGUAGUAGUCACUGCAGUUUUGGUUUAGAAUGAAACUAAGCAAAGAUUGAGUUAAUUUUUAUUUCUGAAUGUGGAGCUUGACUGUAUUUUGUCUUGGAGUUGUGUAUUUGGAUUUUGGCUCUACUUAUUAUUCUUAGUUGCUACAAUUCUGUUUUUUUGGUUCACAAUGCUCAUUAUCAUUAAUGAUAUAUUAUCAGUUCUGUUUU